AUGGCAAAAGAUAUCGCACCCAAAGCUGGCAACUCAAGUUUCUCGGAGACCCCACAGGCCAAACGGCCUAUGGAAGUAGUACAAUACCACGUGCCGCAGCCCAACGAGGGUUCCCGGCAUGCGGGAUCCCCAACCAGUGCCCACGUCGCUAAGAAUCCGAACUUGGCCAGUUCGGGCGGACUGGCCAGGGCGGCCGUCCCUACCAGCCACGAACCUAGAGCGUGCGUCUCAGCGCCACAGAGCAAUCUUUCAGCUUCGCCUGCGGUCCGCUCUGUGGACUCCCACUCAGGUGAUUUACAGCCUGAAGCGGCCAAGAACGAGAAGUCAUCAGCACCUGGCGAGGUUGUAAACCAGCCUUCAACUUACCAGAAGGUAUCGACGUCUGAGCAACAAAUUCUUGAAGGUCACAAAAUGAGCCUGGGCAGCGUCCUUCAGAAUUCAAUAGUUCCAGAGUCUCAUGGCUCAAAACGAGCUGCAGAUGAGGAAGGAACAUUGUCAAGGACAAAGAGGCAGAAGGGCGAUGGGAUCAAGGUCGAAGUAUCUCGUCAAAGGUAUGACCCGAUCAUCAACCUUACCCUCAGCAAAGAUUCCGAGACCGGCCACAUCAAAUACUACACUUCAUGGGCGCCAUCAUUUGUUCCACCUUCGUCUUUCAGAUGUGACAAGCCCUGGAACAAGCUAGAGACCCCGGUGUCCAAGAUGCACGGGAAAGCCGGCGUAUCGAAGCUGUAUGAGGCGCUCAACUUAGACAAGUUGUUCUCUUCCAAGGGUCACCCCACCGAUGACAUCAAGGCGUUCUACAUCGACCUCAACGAAGAAGAGGGGCUCCGUGUCCUGGUCGACUGGCAAGACACUGAAGUGAAUCUUCAAGAUCUGGACCUAGCAGGCAGGAAUAAGUUGGAGGAGCGUUUCCAUGAGUUAUCAGUAUUUUGUUUGACUAUUGAGCUAGUAUUUCAUAUUGUAACGGUCUUAUGA